AUGGUGCGGCCUGUGCGGCAUAAGAAACCAGUCAAUUACUCACAGUUUGAGGACUCAGACAGUGAUGAUGAUUUUAUUUCUUCAACUGCACCUUUAAACAAGAAACCCAAAACAGCACAAAAAGAGAUAAAACAAGACAAAUCAAAACCUAAAUUGAAGGAUUUUGAGAAAGAAGAUGGCCCACUACAGGAGAAAAACACUAGAAAAAGGAUGGCUUUAGAUGACAAGCUCUACAAGAGAAGCUUAGAAGUCGCACUAGCAUUAUCAGUGAAGGAAAUUCCAACAGUCACCAUUGAUGGACAGGAGUCUCAAGAUGAAUGCAUUGAAAAAUGUGGCAGUACUGAAACAGAAACAGUGAAGAAGUCUUCUCAUAUCUCUAACUGCAGUGUAGCCAGCAAUUACUUAGGUUUGGAUAAGAUCACUGAGGAAGAUGAUUUUCAUGAUGUUCAAGGGAAAAGAAAAGCAGCAUCUAAAGCUAUGGUACAACAGAGGAAGAUUCUUUUGGAAGGCAGUGAUGGUGAUAGUGUAAAUGACUCUGAACCAGACUUUGCAACUAGUGAAGAUGCUGAGGAUGAUUCUGAUUUUGGUGAGAGUGAAGAUAAUGAUGAAGAGUUCACUAUGAGAAAAAGUAAAACUAAAGAAAUUAAAAAGAAAGAAGUGAAGGUAAAAUCCCCAGUAGAGAAGAAAGAAAAGAAACCUAAAUCCAAAUGUAAUGCAUUGGUGACUUCAGGAGACUCUACGCCAGCUGCCAUCAAAUCAGAAUCUCAGCCUUCACCAAAAAAGGCUUCUCUUCCUUCAGUGGCCGUUAGGAAACCAUUACAAAUGUGCAGUCCUUCAGCUGAAAGCAAGAGACCUAAGUGGGUCCCACCAGCGGUAUCUGGAAGUAGCAGCAACAGCAGCAGCCCAUUGGCAGGAGUGUCCGUUAAGUCUCCAAGUCAGAGUCUCCGCCUUGGCUUGUCCAGAUUAGCACGAGUUAAACCUUUGCAUCCAAAUGCCACUAAUAGCUGAGUGCAGUAUCAAAGACAUCUUUGAUUACAAGAAUCACAGUUUUACACAUGUGCUUAUAUUUAAGUUGUGCUUAUGGUUUGACAAGGUUAUUGUAAUAUAAAGGAAUCCUUUAACAUGUCAUAGAAAUGAUCUCUCCAUUUUGUGCUUAUGUUCUCUGAAAAGCUAGCUAGGUAGCUAUUCAGUACUUCAACAAGAGGUUUAUAAGAAUUAUCGUCUAGCGUCAUUUCCUUCUGAAGAGCAUAGUUUGUAUUUUCUUAUGUAUAAAAAGUCGUCAUGGUUGUCAGUUUGACAUAGAGGAAGUCCACAUCACAUGCUUUUCUUUUCUAGUAACAUGAUGUUCCUUUCUAACUAUCUCAUUUAUGGUUGCUUAACUGUUCAGAGUUUAUCUGGCAAGAGAAACAUUCCCAUUUCCCUCAGGAGACAUUUCUGAAAUCUUGUUAAGUGUCUUAAACAACAUUGUCAGUUUUACUGCAAAGAUGUUUCAUAUUUUAGCCAAAUAUUUUUAUAUAAUAAUUCAAAAUUAUUUUACAUAUUAAAAUGGUUGCCAUAGUAUGGCAUGUGUCACCUAUUGAGAAAUAGAUACUCAUUGUAUAGCAAAUAGAUUUCAUGAACUCUUAUGAAGCUUUCAUUGUCAAAACCUUUAACGAAAGUGAAAACGUUUCUAGAUGCUCUUUUCCUUGAUACUACUACAUCCACCUAUCCUUGAUUGGCUAAAUUUCAUGAUAAAACGAGAACUUCGCGAGGAAUUUUAGCUUUUUUGUUGUAAAUGUGAACUGAGGUAAGCUGCUUCUUAAUCACUUGAUGUUAAGCGAAUGCUUUAGAGAGUGGUCAUCAGGUGCUUAGUCGUCCCUGUUAUAAUACUAGGUAAUAGAGCUUUCCAGGAAGCUGAGAUCUGAAUUCAUUGUGAAUAAAAAUAGCAAUGUGUAUUUUAUAUUCACGGUGAGAAUUUCAACCAGCUUCUGGUCAUUUUUAAUAAAUUUUUUUCAAAUCACGUUAACCAUUAAAAAAUGUAUAAUACUUCGCUCAGUUCU